GAACGCUCUCGGUCUAUUUUCCUCGGCGCUUCACUCUCGUCACCUGUCGAGGUCCGUCAGCGGGGGCGAGCCCGGCCCGUGCGCAGAGACCUCCGACAGCAGGAGCACCCCCAAAGUCAUAACCGGGAUUCUCGGUUCUUCCCCCUAAUAACACGGCUCGGUUAUGGCCGUCAACAUGUUUGGACCGUGUCAUCUGUUUAUAAUAUCACUCGUUAUUUGCGGCAGCUUGGGCCGGAACGAGGAGGAGCGGCUCAUCAACCACCUGCUGAAGGAGAAGAAGUACAACAAGGAGCUGCGGCCCGUGGAGAACCAGCGGGACCCCGUGGAAGUGUACUUCGCCCUGACGCUCUCCAACCUCAUCUCUCUGAAAGAAGUGGAUGAGACGCUGUUGACCAACGUUUGGCUUGAACAUACAUGGACAGACUACAGGCUUUCGUGGAACACCUCAGAGUUUGAUGACAUCCAAGUCAUCCGUCUGCCGUCCAAGAUGGUGUGGCUGCCAGAGAUUGUUCUGGAAAACAAUAACGACGCCCAGUUCGAGGUGGCCUACUACUGCAACGUGCUGGUAGAGCCGUCGGGGUCCGUCUACUGGCUCCCGCCCGCCAUCUUCCGCUCAUCCUGUUCCAUCAACGUCAACUUCUUCCCCUUUGACUGGCAGAACUGCACCCUCAAGUUCAGCUCGCUGACAUACAACGCGAAGGAGAUCACCAUGCUGCUGAAAGAGGACUACAUCGAGGAGCAGAAGCACACCGUGGAGUGGAUCGUGAUCGACCCUGCCAGCUGGACAGAGAACGGCGAGUGGGAGGUGAUCCACCGGCCGGCUAAGAAGAACGUGUACAAGCACAUCCCCAUGGAGAGCAACAAGCACCAGGACAUCACCUUCUACCUCAUCAUCAAGCGCAAGCCCCUCUUCUACAUCAUCAACAUCAUCAUCCCCUGUGUGCUCAUCUCCUUCCUGGCCUGCAUGGUGUACUACCUGCCCGCCGACAGUGGGGAGAAGAUGACCCUGUCCAUCUCCGUGCUGCUGGCCCAGUCUGUGUUCCUGCUGCUGAUUUCUCAACGCCUGCCGGAGACCUCCAUGUCCAUACCGCUCAUCGUCAAGUACCUGAUGUUCAUCAUGGUGCUGGUGACGGUGGUGGUGCUCAACUGUGUGGUGGUGCUGAACCUUCACUUCAGAACCCCGAGUACACACGUCAUGACGGAGUGGACCAAAGAGUUCUUCCUGCAGCGACUGCCUCGCUUCCUGCGCAUGUCGCUCCCUGCUGAGCCGGAGGUGAACUGGGACGGGGCGUCGCCGCGGCGGUCCAGCUCGGCGGGCUACAUCGCCAUGGCGGAGGAGUACUACUGCGUGAAGUCCCGCAGCGAGCUCAUGUUCGAGAAGCAGUCCACCCGCCACGGGCUGACCAUGAGGGCCACGCCCAGCGCAGUGAAGCCUCCCGUGGAUGGGGAGGCAACGGACCAGCUCUACGGGGAGAUGAAGCCUGCGGUGGACGGAGCCAACUACAUCAUCAAACACAUGCACAACAAGAACAACUACAAUGAGGAGAAGGACAACUGGAGUGGCAUUGCGCGCACGGUGGACCGCCUGUGUCUGUUCCUGGUGACCCCUGUGAUGACCCUGGGCACCAUCGUCAUCUUCCUCAUGGGCUACCUCAACCACCCGCCCCACCUGCCUUUCGACGGGGAUCACCAUGACUACCGCGAGGAGAGCGCCCGUCUGGUGUGAGGGAGGGGCUCGGCGUCACACACACACACACACACACACACACACACACACACACACACACACACACACACACACACACACACACACACACACACACACACACACACACACACACACACACACACACACACACACACACACACACACACACAGACUCAGCACUGCAGUCCUUUCAGUAAACUGCCAAGCGAGGCCCUGCAGUGCCGUUCAUGUGCCACUAGUCCAAACUGUUUUGUACGUGAAGUUUUCUAGUCGUUUUGAUUGCGUUUGCAUGAAGGCGUUUUUAGUAAGAAGUCUGUAUCUGAGUCUCCCCCUCAACACCCCGUGUAUAAGGCAGGGUAGCUCAUCGUUUCUCCAGGCAAGGAACACUCUGAGGUCAUUCUAUGGACUUUGUUUUUCGAAUAAGUCUUCUGUCAAGACAUCGAUGUUUUCAAAACGCAGUAGAGCAGAGCUAGAAUUGCCCUUGGGAAGUCAGCCUAAUCUCUUGAGGUUGCCUCGCGUUAGCUUCCAGAUAUGAGUCUCGGACCAGUCCCACACGGGAAGCUUGGCUCAGGUCUCUGAGUAGGCCAAUCAGCGAACCACAGCAAUUAGCGUAGGUCCUGACGAAAUCGGGCAGUGCCGUUUCACACAUUUCUACAAAGGGUUAAUUCAUGUAACAGUCGUUAUGCUGCUUUAGAAUUUGUUUUACUUAAACUUAAGUUGUUCUUACUUCAGUGAAAUGUAACAUUUGCUAAUGGUGUUGACUUUGGUCACACGGCAAAUGGGAUCCGACCGCCUGAAGCUCGGCCAAUCGGUUGCAAAGAAAGGUUGACUGACCACGCCCCCACCAAACACCCUUCAGACCUUAUGAGCGCAGGGAACGGGUGUGCGUGCUAAUAAUAAUGUGCUAACAUGGCAUCUCCUCAGUUCCAAUGUGAACCGUCGCUCAUGCACCAGACCACUCUAAUCGGCCACCGAUGCCUGGAAAUAUGUACUUUGCUUGUCCACGCAACAUUAUUUAGCUUUGCAGCAAUUUUGCAUACUUGCGUAAGUUACUGGCUUAUUGUCGAUGGAGGGUUUAACACUGCAUUUAAACCUAAGAGUGUACUGUUAGUAACGACCAGGCACACUGCUAUACAAUUUAAGAAAUUAAAUGUUGUUUUAUAUAUUUACCAAUGGUGUAUAGUGUUUUAAUGUCAUAUAUUGUGAUUUCGGCUUCUUGAUUAAAGGUAUAAAAUGUG